CAGACGAUGCCGCACCCGAUGCACAGGAGCUUGCCAGCAGAGACGGUCACCAGGCGGCGGAAGGUGGAGAGGAAGGCCGAGAAGAGGGAGGAGCCGCUGGCCGCGGACCGAGGCGUGGUGCUGAAGAUGAGGCCAGAGCAGCGCUUCAAGUGGCUGUCGAAGGCACUGCAGAAGUGCCAGGAGGGUGGGUUCCAGACCACCGUGCUGUACGACAUCGCCACUCACGCGAAGUUUCCCUCCGAUGCCUCGGAGAAGAUCGCGCAGAAGAUGUACCGAGCGCUGCGGGCGAACCUGGCCCUCUUCUCGGCCAAGCAGGUGCGCUACCUGCAGAGCGACGAGUUCCGGCUGGCCCAGAUGUUCCAGGCCCGCCAGGGCCCCUCCCUACAGAUCCAGCUGCCCGCGGCAAGUCCCGCCACCGUGCAAGCGCAGCCUUCUGGGUUGCGCCGCUCCGGGAGCCGCCGAGAAGGAGGCGCUGCGAGGGCGGGAGAAGGACAAGAAGGGCCGAGCAGAGUCCCCUGGCAGCGAACGCAGCGCCGACGGGAGCGCCGCCAUCGACGUGGCUUCGUUGUGGGUGCGCAUCUCCCAGCUCGGCGCCGAGGAGCAGGCCAGAGCCGUCGGCGAACUCGACGCGGCGACCAAGGAACGCCUGGAGGACUUCCUGGUUGCGCGCAUCACUGGAAAAAGAGAAGGCUCCCG